CUUAGUACGUUUUUAAAGCACACUCAAAGAAACAUCAAAAUUGCAAAAACCAAUGUUGUUCCCGCCAGCUGGUUCCCGUCACUGGUAAAACCCAAUGCUAUAAAUAGUAUUAACGGGAAUACAUUAUGUUUAUUAUAUGUAUAUAGUAUAUAAUAGCGAGAUAGUUAUCCAAACUUUAACAGAAACUGUUGGAAGAAAGACGGGAUAAGCAAAAUAUCUUAAACAUGGCAGAAUGUAUUCAAAGUGGCUGUAAAGACGGUAUGAAAGCAAAUGAAACAGGGUUUGUGAAACUAGGAAAUAAGAAACACGCGUUUAAAAUAAAUAUGAAAGAUUACAAUAGACAGAAUAGUGAAAACGAAGUGAAAGAAAAUAAUUUGUCACCGAGCUCAGAACCGUGUAAGUUUUCUUAUAUAUCAGAAAAGAACUUGCUUUCAAGACAACAAAGUAACUGCCCAUUCGUUGAAAAGGUCAGUUCAACCUCAGUUACUUUAAAUGACUAUGAUUCGAACGACACUAUGUUCACGGAGAUUUCAAAGAAACAGAAUGGAGAGAAGCAUAACAGAAGCUGCUGCUGGACCGUUCAAGCAUUCACAGUCCUGAUAUCUUUAAUGGCGCUUGGACUGGUACUAUUUUUAUAUUACAAGGUAACUAACAGUGAAGUUCAGCUACCCGAGGUUAUUAUAGGACACUCAAAUCAUGAGCCAAUAUUUGAAAAUAUUGACAGUAUAUCCGGAAGUUUCAAACUGGAUCAGCAGUAUCUUUCCGACUAUAAAGAUAUACGAUGGACAGCAGACGAACAGAGCACAAUCAUUCCAAGCAGAGACACACCGUGCUUGAUGGUACCGGAUGACGGAAAAUACUUAGUCUUUUCCCGUUUUACAUUCCGGAUUCCAGCAGGUGACGACAAGACAGUCCUAACCCAUCAAUUAACAUUGAAAUCAAAAACUGAAUCUGGUGAUAUUAAAGAAACCGUAUUCAAGAGACAAUAUGUUAGUGUUAUUGAACACAAGUUAAAAGAAGACUCUGAACUUAGAAAGCCGAGUGUAUUUAUUCAGUUCUUUGAACUGCAAGCCGGGGAUGAAAUCUGCACAGGUGUUUCGAAUCCAGAUCUUUUGUAUAUAUCUUCUAUAGAUAAUGAUGUUAAUAUAAUUAAAGUUUGAUUUAGCUGAUGUCAUUUUUUUAUUAAUGUGGAUGGGGCCAAGUAUUAUUUUAAAUCGGUUCAUAUCUGUUGAUAUUAUUUGUUAAUUCAUGAGUUAAGUUUUUCUUAAUCUUAGCCAGUACUUUUGUUGAAUAAGGGAAUUGGUUCAGCUUGAAAAAUGGCAACACAUUCGUCUACCUCAUCUGAUAUUAUGUUUGUUAGUGUUUAUUACCACAUAAACAUAUAUCACUCAUAUUUUCUGUGUUCAUUUUUAACUCUACUGUGAUAUUUUAUCGUUUAUAAUAAAUGUUUUAUUUGUU